GAAACAUAGAGCUAAUUUUGAUAAGAUGUUGAGUACGAACAACAACUCAGGAAACCAAGCAUUGAAGGAAGAAAAUCCAGACCAAAGUUCAGUGCCACAAAAGAGUUUUGUGGAAAAUUAUCUUUAUGGGAAAACUAAAUUUUGAAAGCAUCAGCAUUCCUGAUUUAAAGAAAGUUUGAAAACGUUUGUAAAAUUAUUCCUAUCUGGCCUUGGUGUGAAGAUUGGGUUAGGAUUCCUAUUGGGACUUUUAAAGACAAGAAAUAUCAGCAAAACUGUUAGAAAUGUGAUCUCAUGGGAUCCAGUAAGAUUUGCGGCAUUUGUAGGCUUGCUUCCAGCUCUUUUCAAGAUUGCUCUUUGUAUUCUUAGACAUUACAGAAAUAAAGACGACAAACUAAAUGUAUUAAUUGCAGCAAUAUUUUGCUCCUUUUCUGCUUUAGCUGAUAACUCAGAUGACAGGAGAAAAAUUUUAAUCUACUACAUAUUCUCCAGAGCUUUUGAGUCCUUCAUUGAAAUGGUCAGGUCUCACGAAGUGGCUCCAGUGCCAUCAAACUGGGGCCUCUGCUUAGGAAUCUUCUGUACCAAUUUCCUAAGCUACAUGAUCUUCUUCCAUGGUGAGCUUGUUCCUAAAGGACUCUACAGAAUGGGAACAACAGGCGUUGGCUUUAAAGGCAAUGAGAUGAAGUUGAUAGAAGUUGUCUACAGAGGCAUUGGAAAUAAACCUUAAUUGUUAAGAAGAGAGUGCAAGA